AUGCGACUCUAUCGAUUCGAACAGAUUCGAACACUUAAGAUUUGUACUCGUUUACCAAGAAUGAAUUACUUCAUUGAAGAAUUAUUACGUCUUUUUCCACGUGUUGAACAUUUACAAAUGUCAUCCCUUAAGUGGAGAGCACAGAUGAUCCGAUUGAUCGAUGGUUUUCCACAUUUGUCAAAUGCAUCAUUCACUGUUAAAUUACCGUACAAAGAAGACGAACAACGUUGGUAUUUUGAACCAGAGUUAUCAAUUCGUGGCACACGGCGACUGACUAGAGGCACGUUUAGAUGUCGAUUUUAUCGUUCAACUCGUACAAGUCGUUCAUGUGAUGUUCAUAUCUGGAUUGGAAAACAGCCGCGACGACCGUGUUGGGCAGCCUGUUGUCCUCCACGACGAGGAUAUUAUUGCCCUGUAGGAGUUGUUGCGAUACUUGUAUAA